CCCGCACCCAUCUCCGCGAUCGUCCUCUUCAACAAAUCUAAAUCUCUGCGCCUAGUACCUAAACUCUUCGAUCCAAGAGUGACAUUUCGAUCCGUUUCUUCGCAGAGGCUAGUUGUUUGUGGGGGAAGCCGCAGCCAUGCAGGAGGCUCUCAUCUCUCCGGCCAAUGCCGACCGCUUCCCCUCGGCCUUCGAGCUCAAGCCGUUCGCCUUCGGGGACCAGCGGCUCUCCUCGCCGCGCUACCCCGCCACCGGCGGCGACGACGCCCUGUUCCGCUGCUCCUCCCCAUUCAGCCCCAGCUUCGGCUUCUCCUCGCCGUCGCCGCUCGCCACCUCCGUCUCUCUCUCGCCGUCCUCCUCUGCCUCCCUCGUCGACGAUGGAGACGACGCGACCGCCGACUCCACGGGCCACCGGCUCCAGCUCGCGCGCCUCGCGCUGCAGUACCAGGAGGUGGCCGACCGCUACGAGCUCAGCCUCGCCCACCUGGCCGAGGUCGUCGACGAGGCGGCGGCACUCCGCCGUGAGAACACCGAGCUCCGAGUCGCCAACAGCGAUCUCGUGCGCCGCCUCGCGCUGCUCUGCAGUAAGCAGACCGCCGCCGCCUCCGCCAUAGCCGACGAGAUCCACCGGCUCGGCCUGGGCAAGCAGAAUGCCGUCGCGGACGCCAAGGAGCGCGCGCCCAAGAAGCUCGCCGUGCUGCCGAAGAGCAUCUCCGUACGCUCGAACGACUACCUCAAGAUAAACCAGCCCGCCCAAGCCCCCGCCACGCCGGCCGUGAACAACCGCAAGCCUCGCGCGUCGAACCCGACCAUGAACAACCCCAUCUCGCAGCAGCGCGUGUGCGUGGGCGACGGUGGCGGCAGGAAAGGCGAGGAGCCGAAGGAGCAACGCGCAGCCGGUGGCAUGGAGCUGGAGGUGUACAACCAGGGCAUGCUCAAGACGGAGCUGUGCAACAAGUGGGAGGAGACCGGGGCCUGCCCCUACGGUGACCAGUGCCAGUUCGCGCACGGCGUCGCCGAGCUCCGUCCCGUCAUCCGCCACCCGCGCUACAAGACCCAGGUCUGCCGCAUGGUGCUCGCCGGCGAGCUCUGCCCCUACGGCCACCGCUGCCACUUCCGCCACACGCUCACCCCCGCCGAACGCCUCCUCGUACCCCGCCCUUAGCAAAGGCAGUGCCAGUGCACGGCCAGGCUUUUAUCACCUGGAACCGUCAGUUCGUUUUUGUUUCAUCUCGAGUCAACAAGCCAAAUAUAUAAUUCACACGAAAUGUAAAAAAAAAUCCGAAUCGCGUAAAUAAGAUACAUAAAUACAAUUAACAUAUACAAGAGCAUAAAAAGGAAAUCGGGUCUUAGAGAUAGUGCUCAGGCAAUGUGAAUAUUCAUAUACAGGAUUCUCAGGGACUUCAGCUGUGUCUUCUGUUCAUGUAAUCUAUUUGGGGUCUAUUUGUUUAGGUGAUAGCUGCCCUGUUUCUUCAAUGCAUUUCGAUGCAAUGGGUGAGGGCACGAUACAAUAAACUCAGGUAAAAUUCAACCGGGUUGCUUGCAUUGGAUGCGUAGAAUGCGAGUGAAACCUGUCGUUUUGUCUACAUGAUGAGUGGUGGAUCUUGUGCAGAGGCUCUUUGAUUUAUUCAGACUAGCUUUGCUGUA